UAACUUGUCAUUUAUGACGUUGCCAUUAUAAAAUUAGAAGAAUACAAAAUUGCAAAAAUGCAUUAGGGAAUAUUAUGCCAAUUAUUUAAUAAUAGCUUUUAAGAGUAGAAUAUAGUGAUAGUAUAUAAGUAUGUCACUGACCAAGCUCUUAAAAGCCCCAAUAAAAUUGUUUAAGAAAGAAGUCAUAACAUUUCUGAUCGUUCGAAGAUAUGACUUGGGGGUGCUCGAAGAAAGUCUCCGCUACAUAGCAGUAAGACCAUCGGCCUCGAUUUCGGUGUUACGUCAAAAAGUAUGGCAUUUACUGGACCUGCCCGAUUUUUGUGAAGAGGUCAUCGUGCUCAAGGCAAACAAUGAAAUGUUACCACUCACCGAGUUACGGAGGGGCAAUACCCCCCAAAACCCGUUCGUCCUUGAAGUGUGGCUACCUAACCAUGAUAAUCGUCUGAAGUCUUCAACGACCGUCCAUAACAAUAUGCUGACCAUCGGCAAUGGAGAAGAACAAUCGCAAUAUACAAGUAGAAAUAAAAAUGACACCAUGGUUUAUGAGAACACCCUCAAGGAACACGAUGAUAAGUUCUGUACUGGUACCUGCUUCUCUCAAUCUACAAUAUCAGACGAAACAAUGGCGUUUAACAAAGUUCGCAUAUCGGCUAACAAACAGGCUACGAACACUUUACUAUCGGACUUCAAAAAAUCGGACAUGUCCUGUCGGAUCUCAAGCACUUCACUCUUCAAGCUGAACAGGGGGAAGAGUCGUGAUAACUUUACGAAUAUUUUGUUAAAAAUACAAAGUGACUUGUCUACUUUGAGUAAUAAACUAUCUGUUUUGGAAACUAAGUUACCCGCGUGAAUUUCUGCUUUGAAUGUGUAUUUUUGUACCUAAAUACAGGAAUCGUUGUCUUCUA